CUCGUUUUAGAUACCAACGCUUUCUUUCUUCGCCAUUUUCCACAACACGUCAGCCGUAGAAAAAACCAAGAAUGUCUUACGGACGACCAUCAAAUGAUUCCAGAAUAUAUGUUGGCAAUCUCCCACCUGAUAUAAGAGCUAGAGACAUUGAAGAUUUAUUUUAUAAAUUUGGACGAAUUAAUUUUGUUGACUUGAAAACAAGACGAGGACCCCCUUUUGCCUUUGUUGAAUUUGAGGACCCACGAGAUGCUGAUGAUGCAGUUGUGCAGCGAGAUGGUUACAACUAUGAUGGCUACACAUUGAGAGUAGAAUUCCCCAGAGGUGGCGGCAGUGGUGGUGGUCCUGAUGGCGGUGGCGGCGGAUACAGAGGAGGUGGAGGCGGUGGUGGUGGUGGACGAGGAUAUGGGGGAGGAGGUGGCGGAGGAAGAGGUAGAGGUGGAUUUGGUGGUGGUGGUGGUGGUGGAGGAGGAAGAGGUGGUCCACCAUCACGGAGGUCAGAGUACAGAGUUCUGGUUUCAGGUUUACCACCAUCUGGAAGCUGGCAGGAUUUGAAGGAUCACAUGAGAGAGGCUGGUGAUGUGUGUUAUGCUGAUGUUUACAAAGAUGGAACUGGUGUUGUUGAAUUUUUACGUAAAGAAGACAUGAAAUAUGCAGUCAGAAAGUUAGAUGAUUCAAAGUUCAGAUCACAUGAGGGUGAAGUGUCAUAUGUAAGAGUGAAAGAAGACUACAGAGGAGGAAGGUCAAGAUCACGGAGCAGGAGCAAUUCACCACGGAGAUCAAGGGCAUCACCACGGUACUCCCCACCUCCACGACAAUCUCGCUCAUCUUCAAAAUCCUAGGACUGCAGAAAUUGGUACUAAAGCAGCCUUAAAACAGAUGGUGGGUUAAUACCUCUCCAGGAAUUAUCAUCUAUCGUAUCAAGAGGACUAUAUGGUAUGCAUGUUAUACAUUGCAUAUCGUCAUUUUAGAUUUUAUCACAAAACAUUUUGUACAGAAAGUCAUUAACUCAAUAAAUUCAUUUGUAUAUUUUAACAUGUCAUUUAGUUUUAAUAAGCUCUUUUUUAAUGUAUUUACAUUUAUCAUUGAGGGGUGAAACUUUAUUAUAUAUGAAAGGGAACAUGAAAGAGGGUAGCUACAGAACAACAGAUUGGUCAAAACAUUCGAAGGAGGGGGGUUGUAUAGUAAAUUUAUUCAGUGAAAUUUUAUUAUCGAUCAUGGCAAUAUUUUAUUAAACUAUUUACUUACAUGCAAUCAUAAGUGGACAUUAAACUUUGAUUUCAGUUAUUCCACUUCAUUAGUAACAGGUAUUGAACAUUUUUUUACAUCAAAUUUAAUUGAAAUUCUGUUUGUCAAUAACUUUUUUAAAGGAACUCAUAAAAAAAUGAAUGUUGAAAGCAGGCAAAUUUUAAAAAAAUAUCGUUUAGAGACAUUUGAAGGCAAAUUUCAAGAUUAUCAUAUCAGAAAUUUUGAGGGGAAUUUUCAAGAUUAUCAUUUAUAGACAUUUCAAAUCAUUGAAUAAAAAAACCCUCUAAAUUACUGCUGAUGUUUUUACUGUGUAAUUAUCAGAAAAUGUACGGUCAUCAGAGAUGAAUUUUUCAAGUCUGUAUAUUGUUUCUUAUUAUAUAAGAUAGUAAAACUAACCUUUGUAUUUUUGUUGCUUCUUAAGGUAUAUGGUGGGAAGGAGCAGGGAUCCAAACAAUCAGGCUCUUGUCUCGGAAUAUAUUUUUGGAUCACUGAUCAGGAUUUGGAUGUGCGUCUUCCGUCCUCGAUACACGUGGAUUGUCUCCCAUUGUGCAUUUUCAAACGGUUAAAUUUUUAUUAAUUUCUAAAAACUCUUUAUUAUUCAAUUUAAAAAAUUGUUGUAUAAGUCAAAACUUCUGAAUUUGAUGUGGAUCAAUUGAUUUAAAUUAAUUUAUUUAAGUUACUGGAAAAAUAAAUUAUUUAUAUUUUGAGAAAAGCAAUUUUUUUUUGUUCAUUAAAAAAGUUUGAAUUUUUUACUAGAGCCAUGUUUGAAAAUGCACUGAACACAUUUCUGGAAUUGGAAACAGCACAUCCUGAAUCAGGAUUAAAAGCAUUAUACUUGGAUAAUAUGAGAUAAAAAGAGGACCCGAUUGGAAUUAAAAAAAGGAUAGGAAUAGCCCUAACGUAGAAAGGGACCGAUUUCAAUUAUUACAUCUGAUUAUUUGGAUCAAUCGUAAUUUGGAUAAAUCUCUGGACCUUUUUGGAUCAUUAUAAGGAUCAAGUCUUUAGAAAAUUAUCAGGAAAAUAUUUUUUUGAUUAUACUUGGUAAUAUGAGAUAAAAAGAGGACCUGUCAGGAUUUAAAAAGAAUAGGAAACACCCUAUCAUAGGAAGGGACCGAAAUUCAAUUAUUACACCUGCAAAUUUGGAUCAGUCAUAAUUUGGAUAAAUCUCGGGAUCUUUUUGGAUCUAUCAUAAUUUGGAUAAAUUUCUGGACCUUUUUGGAUCAAUAAGGAUCAUGUCUUUAGAAAAUUAUCAGGAAAAUCUGGAUUAGUCAUUUGGAAUUUCAGUCUUGGGGAUAAAUCCAGAGAAAUUGAGAAAAAGGAUACUCCUAUCGGUAGGAAAGGAAUUUAAAGAGUCUUGGAAACAGAUAGGAAUCAAGAUAGAUGUCAAGAAAUCCACAGGAUUGAAGGGUAAAAUCGUCUAAAUUUUUUUUACAAAAUUUGAAUCCUUUUGAAAAAAGUCCUGAAGUUUUUUUUAAUUUUUGGCUAAUUUUCCAGUUGAAAAUUAAAGAUAUAGUGCUAGAAUAUUAUAUUAAUAUCCUACUUUUUACAGGUAAUGUUCAGACUAUAAUGUAAAAUGCAUUGAUUUUAACUGUGAUGAUUGUGACAAUAAAAAAUGAAAUAUA